ACAACGUGUACUUUUCAAGCUGUAAUCCAUAUCGACACGUCUAUAUUUGUCAUGUUUCUUCAUUACGUUGUCGGCUGUUUGUGUGCGGUGCUCGGAUCAAGUUAGGGAAUGUACAAUACCGCCCAAAAAGGGAGAGUGUUACAGUCAGAGGAAGACUGACACGAACCACGAUGUCCAGUAGUGUGCUGUGUGGUCGAGGCAGGCUGGUCCUAUGUAAGACGGCCGGCCGUCAAGCAUUAGCUGCCCUCCGUGUCGGCAGAACCAGAAUCUUCUCUACUGCGAGCUCAGAUGAGCCUUACAUCGCUGUAUCACACACAGACUCUGGCCCCAGGACCGUGUGGCCUGACGAGAACAUGGGACCAUUCGGACCUCAAGACCAGCGCUUUCAGUUACCAGGUAACGCUGGGUUCGACUGUCACCUGGAGGGCAUGGAGGACCAGAAGAGGACUCCAGUCCACAGGUCGGUGCCGGAUGUACUGACGGCCCCGAGCUGCACAGAGAGACACCAUUUCAUACUGGCCCAGUUUGUUAACGAGUUCCAAGGAAACCUGGGAACUAUAGACACCAGAGUCCAUAAAGCUGAGCAGUACUUUACUCAGACAGAGACAGACUGCUCCAUAAGUUCCUGCCCUGAGCUGCUAAGGAAAGAUCUUGAGCUCAUGUUCCCCUCAGCGCCCACCACUUCCAUCACAGUUGUGACGGUCACGCAGAGUAACGGUCUGUGUGAGGAGGCAGCAGAGCAGGACAAAGACCAGCUGCUGAGCAAAUUUGUGAGCGGAGCAAAGGAAAUGUGCUUCGCUCUGUGGACUGCAGGCUACUGGGCCGACUUCAUUGACCCGACAACAGGAGCAGCUUUCUUUGCAUCUCCGUCAAGUCAAACGAAACUGCGGACAGAGGAGGAACUAAGAGACCUGGGCUUCCACAUCGAAGUGUCGGGCUCGUGCACAAUUAUCCGCCACAUCCUGAGAGGAACGCCUCAGUUUGUGGGGACCGUUUUCACCAAUGCACCCGCUCACAGUUCUGCCAUCGCGAGACUACAAGGACUUUCAAAUGUGCUCGCUGAUGAGGAAUAGGCUUUUGAAAAAAUAUAUAUAUAUUUCCCAGAGCCAAAUCCAAACAAGGCGUCUUAUUUAUGUUUUGAAGGAGUUUGGAUCGCGUUGGUGCACGGCUGCAUCAGUGGAAAGUUGUGCAAAGUUUGUCGUACUGUAACAAGGACUUGACUGAGACUCUAAUGUAGACUCCGGUGCUGGUCAACCUGGCUCAACCUGCACCACAUCAGCACGAACUCGGAGGCUGUCUGAAGAGUAGACAAUGUUACCACUUCAGAGGAUGACAUCACCUGUGUUUUAUGAUAAUAGAGCCAUGGAUUUGAAAUGGAAAUGCAGAUAUCGGGUCAAAACCUUUUCCUACAAACAUGUACAGUGUUGUUUUGUUUCCUCUUAUCUGUUGCACAGAAUCUAAAGAAGCGUGGACGCUGUUUGAGUUGAAUCACUCCAGCUGUGACGUUCACAACUGCUGAGCCAAUAAAGUGACUUUUCCUCAGGCUGCUGU